AAUACAGUCUUGAUUUCCUCCUCUGAAAACAAGGAAAACACCUAUUUUGCCUUUUACAAUCUCAGCCCCUGCUCGGUUCUUCCUCCUGUGUUUAAAAGCAGCUUCUCUUUCUCCAGGUGGAGAGGAUGAGGGGUGAGAACGCCACCAAGGUCGGCACCUUCAUCCUGCUGGGCUUCCCCACGGCCCCCAGGCUGCAGUACGUGCUCUUCCUCCUCUUCCUGCUCACCUACCUCUUUGUCCUGGUGGAGAACCUGGCCAUCAUCCUCACCGUCUGGAGCAGCGCCUCCCUCCACAGGCCCAUGUACUUCUUUCUGGGCUCCUUGUCUUUCCUGGAGAUCUGGUACGUGUCUGACAUCAUCCCCAAGAUGCUGGACGGCUUCCUCCUGCAGCGGAAGCGCAUCUCCUUCGUGGGGUGCAUGACUCAGCUCUACUUCUUCAGCUCCCUGGUGUGCACCGAGUGCGUGCUCCUGGCCUCCAUGGCCUACGACCGCUACGUGGCCAUCUGCCACCCACUGCGCUACCAAGUCAUCAUGACCACGGGGCUGUGUGUCCAGCUGGUGGCCUUCUCCUUUGCCAGUGGCUUCACCAUCUCUGUGAUCAAGGUCUACUUCAUCUCCAGCGCCACCUUCUGUGGCUCCAACGUCCUGAACCACUUCUUCUGUGACAUCUCGCCCAUCCUCAAGCUGGCCUGCACAGACUUCUCCACUGCAGAGCUGGUGGACUUCGUCCUGGCCUUCCUCAUCCUGGUGUUCCCACUCCUGGCCACCGUCCUCUCCUACGGGCACAUCUCGCUGGCCGUCCUGCGCAUCCCCUCGGCCACGGGCCGUUGGAGGGCCUUCUCCACCUGUGCCUCCCACCUCACCGUUGUCACCAUCUUCUACACAGCCUUGCUUUUCAUGUACGUCCGUCCCCAGGCCAUCGACACCCGGAGCUCCAACAAGCUCAUCUCUGUUCUGUACACGGUCCUCACGCCCAUCUUGAACCCCUUGAUCUACUGCCUGAGGAACAAGGAGUUUAAGGAGGCCCUGCGGAAGGCCCUGGGCCGGGGUGGAGCCGGGCCUUAGCAGGGGGCGCGUCCCCUCUCCAGCAGCAGCUGAGAACCUGCGGCCCCUCUGACGGGGCCCCUGUGCUAAGCUGGAGGUUCUGGGCAUUGGUGGGGCCGAGCCUCCUUAUUACUCCACAUCUGGUCUCCUUCAGAUCACAGAGGCCGACUUCAUGGCUGCUGUUGCUCCUGGAUUUUGUUGUUUUUUUGUUUUAAUUCAUGAGCAAAGCAGAACUUGGUAAAGUUUAACGAAUUUUCCCCACCUUUAAAAUCGCCAUAGGCAUUUCAGAAGACAGAAAAGCACGCCAGCUCAUCCUGCCAUCCUCAAGAACUUGGGGUGGUGAGGAGCUGG